AUGGAACGAAAGGGGUCGACCAGUUCGGGAAUUCGAGUGGACAGGGAAAUUGUCGUUUACACUGAUUAUAAUUCCAACGGAGAACAGCCAGCUUCACAUCCACCGUCGGUUGUAUCGGUUGUGCGCUCCCUUUCGGAUAUACGGCGAGAACAGAGAUCACCUGAGCCACUACGGUCCGACGUAUCGGACACCCCGCUGCGGCUUAACAGCAUAGUCCGCCAUACCGAUGUCCAAGAAGCAAGGCUCGAAGAUCUUCUCGAAGAGCAACGAAACCAAGACAACUUGCGAUACCUCAUUGAGUUUCUCCAGGAGACUCCGCCUCCUGGUAACUACAUGUCUAGACCAGACAGCUCUAGCACCUCAUUAUCGGAACAAGGCAACAUAUGGACCAAGCUCAAGGCCUUUCGGAAAAAUCGCGAAACCAGCAAGAAGCAUCGUCCACCCGUCAUUAGACUGCCAGAUUCAGCGGUUGCUGCAAAAACCAUCGGGGGACAUCAACACAUUGCCAUAUCAAUUCCUUUUGAGCAUUGCCAUCUCGGACCUAUCUCCCCCACCCAAUACCCGGUGUUUGAUUCUAUCGAGCGAGAAUUCACAAGGGAAAUCGAGACGCGGCUGGGCCCAAUGCGUACUUACAACCCAGAACGAGGGGUUGUAACAGUGCUCAAGCCUGUUGCAGAAGAUCCCGAAUCCUGCUCCUCCGGCGCAGAGCGAUCGCCCCUUUCGCCUAAAUCACUGCGUCUCUCGUCAGCCUCGCAAGGUCUGCCCGUGCCGUUCCCAACUAUUUCACCAUCUGGAGGUCGAAGAUCCCCGUCCGGACGUGCCGCGCGUACCACCACAGCAUCUGCCACAACCCAAGAGUCGAAACCGAUGAAGACAAGUGAAUUCGAGGCUGUUACCUCCCCCCAAGGUGAUGGCUUCUCAUAUGUUCUGACAGAGAAACAGCCGAGCUCCUUAAGCCCAAUGCUGCCUCGGCCUGAACCAAUCGCAAGCCGCGCUGCUGCAAGAUCCCAUACACGCAAUGCUAGCGUGGCAUCUAAUGCACCCAGUGUCCAAUCCACAAAAUCUGCCAUGCGGCCAAACCUGCCAGCUAGGAGGUCAAGCAGGAAUUCAAGUAUGGCCCCAGGCUCUAAGGACUCGAUUGACGGCGUCUUGAGCCGCAGUGGCUCGGCCAGAAAAUCCCAGAAAGAUUUGAUCCGAAGGUCUCUCACCGAGAGCAUAUUCACAUCAGGGCUAGAGCCAACAUUACUCGAUGCCAAGGCCAUACCGACUUACGUACGGCCACAUUCAAGACAACAGGUGGAUUCUCCUUUGGAUCCCAACUUCCCACAGCCAUCGACUACUAGUCGCUCCGUUCAAACUGAUAUUCCGUCGAUCCAUCCGACCCUGGACAAGAUAAAGAAGCGCAGAGAUCGCCUGCGGGAGAAGAAAAAGCGAGACAUCGGGGCAAUGAAGAUGCCGCGGGAUUCAAGCCAGCCUUCCGCCUCCCAUCUUCUCCAACCUCCAACUGCCAAAAUCUCGCCCGAAUCGCCCGUCCUGGGCAACUUCAGCGACAGUCUCGACUCACACCCAUCUAAGUCCUCAAAAACAUCUUCCUCGACCAAAAAGAAGCGCAAACCCCCUCCUAUCAAUGUGGUCGCCCAUAUCAAUUUAGCCAUGUCCGAGAUGCCCGAGAUACCCGAGAUAUCUCCUGGCGCGGUUCCCAAGACAAGCAGACACAGCGCCAAGAAUUUGUCCGAAAAAGUCAGUCCGCUCUCUCCGUCUAGAUAUUCAGACCUGAGCUUCGACCGAACGUCAUAUAAACGACGCAAGGAGCGUCAGGCAGAACGCAAGUCCCACCACGCCGCCCAAGCCGCCAUGGCCGAGGAUCAGGAGACCGCCGAACGGCUUUCGCGGGAGGAACUGCUCGCCCGUUACCUUGCGCUGAAGGAAAUUCGCAUACAUGACAUGGAGAAGCAACUCAGACGUAUCGAACGCAAUUCUGAGGUAUGGCUUCGUUCGCUAGUCCCGCUCGUUGAGGCCCUAACGGAAACCAUUCUCCAGGAGCGGGAGCACCACACGUAUCACCAACGUCAUGUGGAUAGUAGCACACGGUCCUCAGCUCCGCACUCUCAUCGCGACGGCCGUAAGAAUCAUCUAUUGAGGCCCUCCCGGAGCUAUGAGUCGUUGUUCGAUUUGUCAGCAAUCCACCGGCAGCACACAGAUGGGGGUGAAGCGCGGGCUAAGAAGAGGAGACCCGUGAGCCUGAUGGUUAGUGGCAGCCAACAACACUAUAGUGGCGGUCAGCUGUAUAAAGAGUUUGAGAGGGGGUUCCAGAAACUCCGCGCUACGGGUGAGCGCGAUGGUGAUCUCGAUGCUCGCAAGCGGGAGACGGAGCAGCGGUAUUCGCGGGACAGUGAUAGCCCUGACAGUUAUUUCAGCGCUGAGAUGAGCACGCGUAAUUGCAAAAGCAGUAUUAGCAGUAGCAGCAGCAAAGCCACUGGAUUCGAGACGCUGGAGCCGUUGAUGCGCGAGCUACAGGGCGUGGCGCGGGUUCGUCUGGAGUUGCGGUAG